CAGAAGCUUGAAAGAAAAUUGCUUUCUCAUUUUAUCUUUGAACAAAACAACAAAUGUUUCACCGUGGAUUUGGAUAAAAAAAAAAAAAGUUGUCAGCUUUCUUUUUCAAGACAAUCCAUGGAAACUGCCUCAGUGCUGCUGCACUCAAGAACAAUCCCUUUCGGCUUCAAUUUGAAGGGCAACCAAAUAGUUUCUUGUAGGCAUUUCAACAAACAAUUUAAAAGCAAGGGUUUUUAUUCUCAACAGAGCCUCAAACCCGUCCAAAAUGCUCCAAGUUUCUGUCUUUCAUCGUCAACAGUUCAGAAAACAAGAACCCACGUUUUGUCUCCUGUCAAAUGCUCAUUUUCUAACAAUUCUAGCUCAGAUUCUCAUAACCCUUUGCUUAGACCCUUCGAAAACCUCUCCUUUGAUUCACUCAAAAUAAGUCUUUCUGAGUUAACUCCUAUAAAGAUUGUCAAAUGGGCUGCUAUAGUUUCCAUUGCAAUUGCAGCUACUAAAAGGACUGCAAAUUUGGUUUUCAACCCUUUCUUUUGGAUGUACUUCAGCUGGACUUGGGUGUUCUGGCCAUGGUUGGUAGCUAUAGCGCUUGCUUUUUAUGGUUUAUAUUGUUUUCGGAAGCAUUCGAUUGGUGAAGCAAACAUUGUAGAGCAACUUGCUAUUGUUACAUCAGUGUUCACUUGGCUGACUCUAGUACCCCCUGCUUAUUUCAAUGGCUAUCUUGAAGGUUGGCCCUUUGUCUUCUUCUUUGUAUACCAUUAUUUCUUUUUCUUCAAUGUAAGUGUAAGAAAACGACUAUAUGGAGAUUGUUAUGCUCGUCCACAUGAUCCUAAGUGGGAUGUGAAUCCACCCAAAUGGUAUCGCCUUUUGUUCUGUGUUGGGGUCAUGGUUGGGCACUGGGUUGCUGCAUUUGAAGCUCCAGAGCUUCAUCAAAUCCCGGGAGGUUGGAGCAAUGUUGGAGUUUGGAUAUUGAUUAUGGCAGCUCUGUUGAUGCAAUAUAAUUCAACAUUGUAUCUUGCUAAGUAUUCAGAGAAGGUAGUGGUUCCAACAGCUGUUGUACAAUUUGGGCCAUACAGAUGGGUUCGGCAUCCGAUAUAUGCAUCUACAAUGCUUUUGUUUGCAACUUAUUUUGUUGCACUUAGAGCACCUCUUAGCUUGCUAUUUGUUGUAGCAGUUUGUUUGAUGUAUUAUGAGCAGAAAGCAAAAUUGGAGGAGGUUUUAAUGGUAGAGAAUUUUGGGGAGAGUUAUUCAGAGUAUGCAAGUACAGUUAGGUACAAAUUCAUACCUUUCGUGUACUAGCAGCAAACAGACGUUUAGGCUGCAGAUGUUGACCACCAUCCUGGUUAUUGUAGGAAGAAGAUUUUGUUCUGUAUUCUAGCUGCAUGCAUAUCUGAGUUCUACGUAACAAUAAGACUUGCUAAAACUUUGGAAGGGCUCGAUCGGUGAGCAUAUUUUAGGGUAUCCUCUGCCUCUGCCUUUUAUUUCAACCCUUUUGAGAGUGGUUCAAAAUGUUUUUUGAGUUUAAUACUCUGCUUAUCUAGUAGCCAAAUCCACAGAUAGAUUAAAAUUGGUUUUGUUUGUGGGGUUUGAAAUGUGUACCAUUCUGCAAGUGCUAUAUUUGUAUUUUAUUGGAGGGACCUGUCAUCAAGUUGUGCUCAGCUGGUGUGGGCUGUCAGAUCUGCUCAUAUCUGUUGCAAUUUGCCCUGAUGGUGGACACUAUCCUGGUCCUCCUAUGUACUUUAAGAAUCCUAACAGAAGUGGGGACUGGCUACAAAUCCUUUUUAUUCUUCAUGUAUAUGAGAUGAAAACAAAAAUGAAUGCUUGAACCAGCAACAAAGAGAAGACUAACAUC